CGAUGAAAAUAGACUAGAGUACUACAGACUUAAAGAAGCAUAGCAUGACUUGAUUAUACCCGUAGCUGGAUAGUCAGUGCUCUUGUCAAGCGUGUGUGUUUCACUAUUUCCAACUUCUUUGCUCAGAGUUAAGACUCUUAGUACGAACAAUUUAUCUUCUAUGCUGUGGCUAUGGGUGGUGGGUAGCAGACAAAAUCAUGCGGUAAAUCGUAUGCUUUCAAAAAAAAUUGAAAUUGACGACAUAUUUGAUAAAGAAUAACUUCGCAUUAAGCAGACAAAUUAAAGUGUAUUUUAAAGAAAAAUAAAUUAUAUGAUGUUUUGAUUUUCUUUGCUAGAAGGCGAUAAGUGUAUUAAAGGCAACAUGUAAGUUUUGAGUAUUAUCUUAAAUUCAAAUGCCGGCGAUUUGCCUUCCAGCCCUUAUUUUGACACAAAAUUAUGCUCGCAAGAAACUGAUAAAGCGUUUUUACGUACAGUUUUGUAACAAGUUUACAUUUCCGCAUGUCAGAAGCAUACAACAAUCGUUGGGCUUUUGAGGAAAGGCGCAUGCGCAGUACAAGAAGGUUGAUAGUUCACCCCUCGAAAAGUACCUUCCAGUGUAGUAAAGUCGAACUUCAACACAAAACAGUGCUUCGAUACCGUGUCACACGUAUUCCCUGCCUAAGCAGAUAAUGCUAACAAAUUGCGACGUUGGAUAGUGCGUAAAGCGGGUAACAAAUCGAUACUGAGUGCAGUGAAUAAGCAUCGAAGUUACAGUCGUAUGCUUUUCGUGUAAAGCGAAACCAAAUCAAAACGGUCCGAACUGGGAAGGAGCGGGGUACAGGCAGAGGCGCGGGCACAACAUCAACAUAUUUAACAUAUGUCAAUACGCAGGACGUCCUCCAGCAACCAGGAGCUUUGCAACGCGGACAACCAUCAUUGAGCCUAUUGGUAAAACGGUAAGGACGAUCCAUGGCUUCCUCCACAUCGUCCAAGCCGCCAGAGGAUGCGUCCAAGCUGGGCUACUCGUACGUAACACCCGCCGGAAUGUGUCUCCGGUUUCGCCAGAGUCUCGCCCAGUUUAGCGAUCUGUUUAGCGAGUUUAACAAAUACAUAGCCCCCGCGUACCACCAUGACCGGUGCGAACGGUCCGUCCAUAUGCGACUGUAUUCGAUGAACAAGCGCGAAUUCGCAACCGUGUUUCUCGCGUUCUUUGCCUGUUUCGGGCUAGGCAUCUUUAUCGGGCUUGCCGGUCCUCCGAUUACGGUGAUGAGCAAGGUGAGCGGCAUUUCGCUACAGCCCAACGUAAGCGCAUCCGACACCACCACCAACUAUCUGGCACGCGGACCGUUUGUGAUGCGUACACCGCUCCUAACGACCUACUCCCAGCAGCUGUGGAUCAUCGCCAAGCUAACGACGGACAACACGGACGACGAGAUAGUGGACAAAAAGUUCCACAUCAGCGUCCAGAUCGAGGGCCUCACGGCGGAACAUAAGCCGAUGCCGGUGUACGGCGGUGCGCAUAAUGGUGGUGCGGAUGUGCAAAAUCGCACGCGCCAUCUGUCCUGCAGCUACGAGGAGUGCGACGAGUUUACCGUCCUCCAUAUCGGCUUUCUCGACUACGCGCACUACAUCGUGACGGUGCAGUUUUACGGGCUGGAAGCGUUUCACCAGCGGUACAACAUACGCAGCGUACAGUUUUACUUCAAAUCGUACAAUCCCGCCUUCACGCAGAUCGAGAUCUGGUUCCGGUUUAUUUUCGUACUGUUUACGUUCAUCAUCACGUGCUGGUUUGCGCAUACGCUUCGCAAGUACCCAAUGAACGAUUGGUCGAUCGAGCAGAAAUGGCUCUCGAUACUGUUGCCGCUGUUGCUGCUUUUUAACAAUCCCAUCUUUCCGCUCAUCUUUAUCGCCAAUAACUGGUUCCCGGGCAUCAUCGACGCACUUCUACAGACAACAUUCCUGUGCGGUAUACUCAUGUUUUGGCUCUGCGUGUAUCAUGGAUUGCGACAGAAUGAAAGAAAAUUUCUAACCUUUUACUUGCCGAAGCUGAUCGUCGUCCUUCCCAUCUGGCUGUGUGCGGUGGUGUUGGGUAUGUGGGAGAAAUGCGACGAGCUCAACGAUCCCACGUACAGUCAUUUUGAAGAUUCCGAAAACUACAACGGUUUAAAGGUGUUUGUUUCGAUUGCCGGUGCAAUGUACCUACUGUAUCUGGGGCUACUGAUGCUGAAAGCAUACUCCGAACUGCGAUCGAUGCCGUACUUUGAUAUGCGGCUGAAGAUACUAACACUUCUGAUGCUAAUUGUACUAUCGAUUUCACUCAUCGUAACGAUGCAACACUUCGGCUUCGAUACACUGGAAGAUAAUUUCAUCGCCCAGCUGUAUACCAGCUACAAGAGCUCGGCACAAUUCAUGUGUUUCUAUGGGUUGUUGAACUUUUAUCUCUACGCAAUGGCCUACGUCUAUUCGCCGAGUGGUCCCGCCGUACAUGAACCGAUCAUAGCGAAGGAUAAUCCAACGUUUUCGAUGAUAAACGAUUCGGACGAAGAGGUUAUGUACGGCUCGGACGAAGAAAGCCGUCGACCGCUGAAUUCGGCCUGCCGAAAGGGAAACGAUUACGAUAGUGAUUAAAUCUGUUCGGCUUUAGUUUAAGCUGUCGGCAAUGUGCAGCAACAUUCAACCAAACAUUCUUACCAAAGUUUUACAACAAUCAACCGCAGCAGCACACGCCGCAGAAGCAGAAGCGAUCUGCGUUGAAUCUUCCCCGUACUGUAGCGAGUAGAGUUACGAUAUCAUAUAAGUUUAGAGCAACCGGAGCUGACAACAAAGGCAGGGUACUUUACUAGGUGGAAAACGCACGAAAAAUACGUUGUGAGGAUGUCAAUUAGUUUCAAAACACAUUUUUCACUUUGUGUUUCCUGUCCUUUUUAGGGGAUAGCUUCACCCUGUGCUCGCUUUGUUUACAUUUCAUGUUAGCACCCCGUUACCCGUUUACUUUACCCGGUACGUUUCUCCAACGUCGUUGUCGAUGCGAGCAAAUGAAAUCAUGCUUGCUGCGGUUCGACAAAUAAAUUAGAACAAUUUAAUUUAUAGAACUAUAUCAUGUUAGAAUGCUAUUGUGCAGGUGGGUUUGGGCAUUCCCCCUUGUAUACGUAUGAAUAUUUAAUUAUUCUUACUUCCAACUCUAGGCACGAACGCACCCGCUGCGCGAUUUGCCAUCACGAGCGAGCAGAAACUAUAAAUAUGAUAAUAAUAACGAAGUUGUAAGCAGAUAGGACAAAUAUCGUUGUUUGUGAAUAUUUGGGGCUCCAAAGGGUGGGGUUUUUCAUUUUACCCCGCCCCCGGCAAGCGAUGUAAUCAUCAAUUAGAUAAUAUAUACAUACAUGAAAUAAAAUAUCAGCUAAACGGUAUGUGCGUGUGAUGAACGAUACAACAAACAAAA